AACGCGGCAGGAAAGCCUGGACAGAAACACAUGGGUAGUCCCAGACUGCCUUUGGUGGACCUAAAUAGUGACUUAAUACUUGUGUUUGAACACUUUCCUGCACCGAGAGUGUGUGGCUCGCCACAGCGGAUCAUCUUCUUCCCCAUCCCUAUAAAUGUGCCUUUGGUGACAGUUGUUUUUGAGUUAUUAAGAGAUGGAGACAGUGGCCCUGGUUGCGCCAGUCACAGCUUUGGAGUUCCUUCAGAAUGCAUUCCUGCUUAAAGGUGAGGGUCCAGUCUUGACGGUGUACAGACUCCAACCUCACCCUAAAGUCUGUGUCUCCCAGAGUGUCCUCCAACAUUACCGGAUCCAUGGAGUAAGACCCAGAGCACUGACCACUACAGAGCCAACCUUCUGUGACCUUGCAGUAUUUGGAGGCAAAGCUGUGAGGCUUUUAAGGCUUCAUGUGGAGGAUGGGGAAGAGUAUUCUCACCUGGAGGUCCUGGGUCCUCUCAUGGAGCUACAGGACUGGGCCCUGGAUGUCCGCUGGCUCUCUGGAGACAGUCAAUCAGUGUUGGUUGUGGCUCUUGCCCAUAACAGUGCUCUUCUCUUGGAUGGCGUAACAGGAAAUGCCCUGGCUCAGCAUUCCUGUCUGGAGGGGUGCUUGCUGUAUUCUGCUCUCCUUCUGGUUCAUGAAUCCUGGGUGGAUACUGUCAUAGUUGGGGGGACUGUGUUCAAUCAGCUGGUUCUCUGGAAGCCUGGAGGAGGAAAGGACAAAAGUAGCAAUCCCAAAUCCAAAGCUCCAAUUGAACGACGUCUACUGGGCCACACCGGAGUCAUUUUCAGAAUCUCUUACCUCCAGGAGAAAGGAUAUUUAGCUUCAGCCUCUGAUGACCGCAGUGUGAGGAUAUGGGGUGUUGGUGCUUUAGGUGGGCCUGAAGGGAAAUGUGGGGACUUGAACCCAGUUUGUUUAAGGGUCCUAUAUGGACAUCAGGCCAGGGUGUUCUCAGUCCGUCUCUCAUCAGGGAAUGUAUUCAGUGCUGGAGAAGAUGGGGCUUGCUUAGUCUGGGACUGGGCUGAAGGUGGGAAGGUGGUUCGCAUGUUGAAGGGACAUCGAGCAGGGGGUGUUCGUGCACUGGCAGUCAGUGAGGGAGAUGAAGCAAGAUGGGUGGCUACAGGAGGGGCGGAUGGAGGGGUUAGGCUGUGGAAAGUGGAGGGCAACGAGAAGAAACAGAGUAUAGAGGAGGAGGCAGUGGCAGAGAAGCUAACUGACCUGAAAUUUCCUGGUCAAGGCCUGCCUAAAGCAGUUUGUAUAGCAGGAGAAGAGGAUGAAAAUACGAGCUGGAGUCGGUGUAAGUUUGUAGUUUGCACUGACAAAGGAAUAGUUUACCAAUAUAGUGCUGGAAAGUGGGAGGUAGUGUGGCAUGGGACUCCUGAGUUUCAGUCCUACUGUGUGAUGGAAACAGUAACAAUCAGUGUGAAAGAGUCAACCACCACAGCUGAUUUGUGUGCUGUGGGAAACCUUAGUGGGUGCUUACAAGUCUUUCCCGUGUCUCAUUCUCCGUCUGGGAUUCCACUUACAUGUGGAUCAGGGAAGAUCCAUACUCUUAUUUGGCACAAGGGAAAAGAAUGUGCAUAUUUGCUAGCUUCAGGUGCUGAAGGACUUGUCUAUCGCUGGCGUGUAGAGACAAAGUUAAAUGAAUCCUAUUCUUUAACUCUCAGCAUCACUGCUCUGCCUUCUUUCUUCCUCCCUCCAUGCGCUAAACGCUGGCUUACAGCUGCAGUGCGCCUCCAGUCCAGGUCACAGGAGGUGCUUUGGGUGUGUGGAGACAGGAGAGGAUCCCUACUUCUGUUUCAGGAAAGGGAAACAUCAAAGCAAAGAAAAGGAGAUGAUGAGGAGACAAAUGAGGAAUCACUGACAGACAGUAAACAAAGUGAUUAUGAGGAAGGGAGGGCUGAGGGAAAUGGAGGUGGUGGAGAUGGGAACAGCAGAAUGAUGGAGAAUGAAGAAAGCAAAGAGAUGUGUGACCGGUUGCUGCAUCCUUUGAGCUGUCUGUUUGGGGUGCAUGGAAAACAAGGUGUAACCUCAGUGUUUGAGUACCAAGGCCUGUUCUACAGCACUGGCAGGGACGGCUGUGUUAGAGUUUUUAGAGUGCAUUCAUCUCCCCCAGAAAACCUUGAAGAAAGUAGACACAAUAAUACUGCAGAAAGGAGUGAAGAGAAUGAAGAAAGGCUUCGACUGGAGGUUCUCAGGGUCCAGCGUGCCUGCAAGGGAAUGGAGUGGCUGGAGAGGAUUUUAAUUCUUGAACCUGAAAAAACAGAGGAGGAGGAGGAGGAAGAAGAGGGCACAGAGGAAUGUGAAGAGAUGUAUAACAAAGAACACAAUUUGAAGGAGGAAGGCAGAGAAGCCAGAUUUGUAAUUGUUGGCUUUCAUGCAGUCCACUUUGUGGUUUGGGACCCUGUGAGGCAGGAGAGACUGUUAGCAGUGCCUUGUGGUGGGGGACACCGUUCUUGGAGUUUGUGGCCAUCCCACAAAGGGAUUUGGCCCGGAUAUGGAGCUUUGGUCUUCAUCAAGCAGGGGGCUGUCCUGGCUUCACAACCCCCCGGAGAAGCAGUGGGCUGCAAUGGGAAGGCAGGAAGGACUGGAGGGAUGGGCUUGAAAGAGGGAGUCCAUGGAAGAGGCAUUGGGUGUGUAUGCAGGCUGGGGAGGAUAGGGGAGUUUGGGAAUGGGAAUCAGACAAGAAACAAUGAAAAUGAAGGAGGCGAAGUGGCAAGGCACUGGGAGUUAGUGGUGACAGGGGGAGAGGACACUAGUCUAACUGUCCUUGCAGUGCACCCUGCCUCUGGCAAUAUUAAAGUUCUUUCAGUAAUCACUGACCACAUCUCAAGCGUCCGCACAGUGACAGCAAUAACACGGGCAGAGGGAGGGAGUGGAAACCCGUCUAAAUUUCUCUCUGCUUUGCUCGUGUCAGCUGGCGGCCGGGCUCAAAUACAGUGUUACCGGCUGUUAUUUGUUUGGGACAGGCAGAGACUGGCUCCUUCCUGUCAGGUGAUCCAGGUAGCCAGUCACCGGUUGGACAAAGAGUGGGAGAGGAGGCGCAACAGACACAAGAUGGUGAAAAUGGACCCAGAAACAAGGUACAUGUCUGCAGCAGUGGUGGAUGAAGAAGUAAACCGUGUCCUUGUGGCUCUGGCCUGCAGUGACGGGGCUGUCAGACUGUUCUCUGUCAAUGAAGGGAAAGGGAAAAUUGAUUUGCUGUGGGAAACAUUUUACCAUCAGCGCUGUGUGCUCAGUGUCGCCACCUGCAGCCUGGAAGAUGACAAAGGCAACAGGUGCAAACUGCUGUUCACUGCUGCAACUGAUGGAAAAAUCACUGUGUGGAAUUUGAGUGACUCUUCAUCCUUCUCAACAGAUUAUUCCAGUAAUGCUACAACAGCACCAAUCCCCUGUCUUGAUGUUCCCGCCCACCAGAGUGGCAUUAACUCAUUGGCAGUUUGGGCAGUGAAACAGGGACAACAACAGGGUAGUUGCCUGGUAACUGUUGCUAGUGGAGGAGAUGAUGGACAGCUGACUGUGUCCAUAAUCAGGGUGCAGCAUCCAGAAGAUGGGAAAAUUGGGAGCCACAAAGGAUUUUCUCAGAUUUCUGAGUCCCAGCCUUUCCUGCAAACACAGCUCCAAUGUCCAAACAGGCUUCAGAUUCAGCUCCACUCCCAGUGCCACAUCCCGCUGGCCCACGCUGCCCCUCUGACUGCGCUGAAGCUCAUGAGACCAGGCCUGUUGGUCUCCACUUCCUCAGAUCAAAGGGUUUGCCUUUGGAAAGUCUGCAGUAAUAGCAUCAGCCACACUGGGGCACUGUGCUCACAUGUUGCUGAUGCUGCAGGGCUCGCGGUGUGGGAGGGUGAGGAAGGAAAUCAGAAAGUGAAGAUAGGAUUUGAGUCUGUGCAGGAGAGUGUUGGGAAGCUCAAGAGGGAUAAAGAAACAGCUGAUGAGACCAGCAGUAAAGCACCUGUUGAGGUAGAGAGCGAGACAGGUGACCCAGUUAGUAAGACAGCUGGUGAGAAAGAAGAAGAGACGACCACUAAUCCAAGAAAUCAAACAGAGAAUGACUGCGUAGGUAAGAUGAGGAGUGCGGUAAGCCCUGAGACGGGUCUGAAGGAAGAGAGAGAAGGCAAGAAGGCGGGAUGGGUGCUCGUCUGUGGUCAGGGCUUCCAGCUGCUGCGAGUCAGAGAUAUGGACAAAGAAGAGGAGGGAAAAAAGUAAAGAUGAACUAACGUGACUCUCCAAGAAAUGUGAUUCUGAAUGGAAAAAUUAAAGCUGCUUUUAUAAACAUUUUAAAGAGGGACACAUUUUUUACAAUUAUUUCUCAAUUACCUCUCCUUAAUUACAGCUGUAUACAUUGAUGUAAAUACAUGU